AUGAAUUUGGCACUGAUAGAUCCGUUUCAACUAGCACAAGACUCUCCGGAUGCUCUAACCAAUGAUCUAAGAUCCGGCCAUGCCACCUUUCUCAGAUUUAGUCGCAAAGGUGACUAUCUGGCCUCGGGCAGAGUUGAUGGCAAGGUUGUCAUCUGGGAUAUGGAGACCUACGGGGUCGCCAUGAAGCUGGUUGGCCACUGGAAGCAGGUUCAAGGACUAAGCUGGUCGCGAGAGGGCAGAUACGUUCUGUCGUCGUCUCAAGACUGUCGAGCGUUCCUUUGGGACCUUCAGACUCAAGAGCGCGUUCGCAUUGUCAAAUUCGAAGCUCCGAUCUACAUGGCUGAAUUGCAUCCUUACAACCGCAAUCUCUUCGUUGCAUGCUUGUUCGAAAACCACCCUCAUCUUGUAGACAUCACCAAUCCUAUCCCUAUAAAACACAUUCUUCCCACCACACCCCUCAGCGACGACGGCACACGAUCCGACAAUAAGCAGUCAACCACCGCGGCAGUUUUCUCCAUCCUUGGAAAUCACAUCAUCACCGGAACCUCCAAGGGAUACAUCAACAUCAUCGAAACCGAAACCCGCAAGAUUAUCCAUUCCACCAAAAUUGCCUCUGGACUAAUCUCGCUUCUUCGACUUUCAGCGAAUGGUCGGCAACUUCUUGUCAACUGCACUGAUCGUAUCAUCCGCACCAUCAAUCUCCCCGAUCUCUCGCUCAUUGCACCCUCUGACACACCACCAAAUGAGCCCACCGGCGAAGAUGAUCAACCGGACCAAGCCACACUCGCCGAGAACAUUGUCAUUACUGUUGAGCACAAAUUUCAAGAUCUGGUCAAUCGCCUGCGCUGGAACCACACAGCUUUCAGUCACUCUUCAGUUACGGGUGUUGCUGACUACGUUACUGCAUCCACGUACAUGAAGAAGGACAUCUACAUCUGGGAACUACGCACCAACUCGCUCCUCCGCAUUCUGGAGAAUCGCGAGGAGCCUGCCAUCAUCGAGUGGCACCCAUCCCGUCCGCUUCUCGCUUGCACCAGCAUCGAGACUGGCAGUAUUCAGAUCUGGGGCAUCGAACCUCAGCAGAAGUGGUCUGCCUUGGCCCCUGACUUCACUGAAUUGACUGAAAAUGUGGAAUAUAUCGAGCGCGAGGAUGAGUUUGACACAUAUCCACAAGAAGAGCACCAGAAGCGACGGUUGGAUCGUGAAGACGAAUUUGUCGAUAUCUUGACCGUUGAGAAGAAGAUGGGCGAAGAAGAAAGCUUCGUUCUCCCGAUUCUGUACAACGUUGAGGAUAGCGACGAUGAUGAUCAGGAAUUGGUGCGCAUGGGUGUGGGAACGAUGCGGAAGAAGGACAUUAACGAAGGCAAGGAGUACGAGAACGACGCUGACGAGCUCCCGAAAAACAUUCGAAAGCGCAAGGCGUGA